CCAGCCACAAACGAUUCUUUCUUCCCGUCUGAGAAUCUCCUUCAGAACGAAAUCGAGAGAAAUCCUUCCCCCAACGCUCCGCCCACAUCGUCGCAUUCACUGUCCUCCGACCUGCCCCAAUCCUCCGCACACAUACCGCACCAAAGCCUGUCUUCAUUUGACCAAAUCGAAACCAUGAUGGACGCCGUUGAUGUCGUUGGAUAUGUCUACUGUCCCCCGGGAUGGGACGAGCAGCGUCUCCGCUCGGGACCAGACGCCGAGGCGAUCGGACAAAUCGCCGUGUCGACCUACACCGACAUUGCCUACAUCAAGGAGAAGAAUGCCAUCCAGAUCUCUGGGGAGACUCACGACGAUGUCUACCAAGCCCAGAACAAACUGAACGCCCUCUUCUUCCCCGUCAUUGUCAAGUCCAAGCGCCAGUGGGCCCGCCCCGAUCGACCCGGUGUCUGGGGCCAGCGCCGAGACUCGACGAAUGGCGGCAACGCCAACGGUGGUGCCGGUGCCAACAACAACAACAACCCCUCCAACGGCAACAACACUGCCAACGGCGGUAACGGUGGUAACGGUGGCGAGCCCCAACAGAACGGCGGCCGCGGCAUUCGCAAGAUGCGGUCCGAAUCGUCGCUUCGCCCCCAGAGCCAGCAGCCCCAGCCCUAUGGAGCACCGGCCAGCCAGACCCACGGCUGGAAGUAAGGAGACCAGCACGGUUGUUCCGGCCGGCUUUGUGGGCGAUCAGACGAGCCGA